CAAUUAUGGAACUCUCUUUAUCACCUUCUGUUUGUGGUGGUCGAGAUCCACAUUGUCGAUCUUAGCCAUUAUGGUUGGUUGGUGUUGUUAACAUGGUACAACAAAUCAAGCAGACGGACUUGUUGAAACAGAUGGUGUCUCUUUUUUACACCCAUCUGUUGCUUGUAGGAGAGGUUAGGUCUGCAUACAUAUCAAACCCAAACCCCACCUCCGGGUGGGAGAUACUGAGUUACGUGCCCAUUGAUGCAUUCAUGGUAAUUCAUUGAAUGAUAUAUAAUGCUCUUUGGACUUGAAUUAUGCAAGAUUUGGUUGUUCUAAGCAUAUACUUGUGUAGAUCGACUCUCAUAGAUAGCAUGAUCGAUCGCUUUAUAUUAAUGUUGGUUGAAGUUAAAUGUUAAGAAUUCGUUCCCUGUUAACAAAUAUGUUUGCCGAUGGAGUUUUGUAUUUUAAAUGUUUUUGGAUUGAUGAAUUAACAGGAAUGGGAACAGAAGUACAUUAUAAGAGCUUGUUCCCAGGAUAUUACUCCAUGAGAAAUGUGAAUGAAGAUUCCAAUAGCAGUGGCUGGCAUCUCUUUUAUGGAGAUAAUGCCUUGACAAACGGCCAUUAUUACGAUGGUUUUACUCCAAGAAUGGUCACAGACGCAUAUCUAGGUCAUGACAAAGACGAAUUAAAACAAAAAAUGCUUCAACACGAAGCCAUUUUCAAGAACCAGGUUUCUGAACUCCACCGUCUUUAUAUAAGACAAAGAGACAUGAUGGAAGAAGUUAAAAGGAGGGAGUUCCAUAAAUAUCAGAUUUCUAUCGACACAUCAUCUUCCUCGAGCAUCAUGCCAUCUCAAAAACCUUAUCGAGAUGCUCACAAAUGGCAGAUUUCUAGCUUCCCAUUAGUGAACUCUACUUCCGCUAGACCAUCCAUUUUUGGAGCGGAGAUAAGUAAUUCUCCUUUAAGCUGUUCAAAAGGGAAUGCCUCAAAGGAUUGCGAGCUAUCGGAACGUAGACCUUCAAAAGUUAGGAAAAAGUUAUUUGAUCUUCAACUUCCGGCCCAUGAGUACAUUGAGCCAGAAGAAGGUGAACAGAUGGUAGAUAACCAGGCAUCUGAAAUCUCGAGCUACCCCUCAAAAGAGAACAUCUUUUUGCCUAAAAAUGGAGUAAAAAGAUUUCUUGAUGAUGGUGGGAAGAAAGAUAGUUACAAAGAUGGUCAACACUUCAUGGGAUCUAAUGGGCUGGCUGAUCUUAAUGAACCGGUUUACAUUCAAGAUGCAACUGCUCUUCCACCUGUCGACUUUUUUGGCGCAUCUGUAAAACCAGAAACAUUCAACCAUCUACCACUUGAGGGAAAAGGCAAUGGAAGAGAUAGGUUUUCCUCCUGUCUGCACGAACCAGGCAAUAGUAGAAGCAAUAUGAACUACACAUCUCAAUGUUUUGAACCCAGAAAGUUGCAGAUACCGUCUGAUACAAUGCAACGCUUACAUGGUAAAGAAGUUCAACGCCGAGCAACAUAUUCAGAAAUCUCUUCCCAAAUUCAAGAUCAUUCCCAUUUAAAUCAAACCCCUUUGAUCUUUGGUGCUUCUAGCGAAUACCAGUUUGUUAAUACCUCAGAUAUCGGAAAUUCGUGGGCCCCCUUGGGUCCAUCUUGGGGAAAACCAAAUGAUAGCUCGACUCGCAAGUUGACCUCGUUUCAAACACACCCGUCAUUCCUAUCAUCUCCAUGGAGCUGGGAGGUUUUUGGAGACAAGUGGCAUAGAAAUGGUGGUUAUGGAAUGAAUACGGGUUCAGGAAGUGAUAUACCUUCCUGCAAUGGGUUUUACCAUGGGUCGUCAUCUGGGUCGAAAGAACGAUCUGCUCGUUUUCCUUCGGUUGGUUUUGAUUAUCGAAACUGCAAUAAGAUUAAUGGGGGGUCUCAAAAGAUCUUCAAAGGUUCAAACUUUGUAGAUUUGACGGAUACUACCAAAGGUUUGGACUUGAAUACUGUUCAAACUUUGUCGAAUGAAGAUGAUGAUGAUUCAAGAAAACACGACCAAACCGUGUUGCCAUGGCUUAGAGCUAAGACAGUUGAUGUGCCAAAGGAGAAAGAUGAUUCUCUGGCUGCUACUAAUAGAAAGCUAUUAGGGUUUCCAAUUUUUGGGAACGUUUGUAUUACAAAAAACGAUGCUUCAUCUGCAGUUUCGACAUCUGCAUCAAUGGAACACAGAGGAAUUGACGUCAAUGUGGCUUGGGAUGAUGGUACGGCUUCUGAGCAUAUCGACAAACAGAUUGAUAUUGAAAGUUGUAACGAAAAAAGGGAAGAAACAGAUGCGGAAAUCAAGAAUUUCAAGAAUCAUUUUGACUUGAACUCGUGUGUGACUGAGGAGGAUGAUGAUUUGUUAGUAACGGAGUCUUACAAAAGCUCGAAGAAGACGAUGACAAUGGAAAUAGAUUUAGAAGCACCCGCUGUUUCGGAGAUUGAGGAGGAAAUCGAACAAAAACCUGAUCAUUCUGAAAGCGAAGAGCUUGCAAAGAUUGCAGCUGAAGCCAUCAUUGCGAUAUCUGGUCAGAAAGAUCAUCUGGGGUCUCCAGUUCAUGGAGCCAAGAACGACGAUGAUCCGCUCUUAUGGUUUGUCGAGGUGAUAAAUUCUUGCAAGAAAAAAGCUCGUGAGAUGGAUGAAUACGAGAUGAUGGCCUUACAACUAGAGGAGACUAAAGAAGAAGAUUACAUGCCUAUGCCGUUGGUUCCUAAAGAAUUUCAGGAACCAGAUGACGUGGGGCCUGCUUUAACGAGUAGGCCCCGCAGAGGGCAAGCAAGGAGAGGAAGGCCACGGAGGGAUUUCCAAAGGGAUAUCCUUCCAGGCAUGGCUUCUUUAUCAAGACAUGAAAUAACCGAAGAUCUCCAGGUCUUCGGAGGGUUGAUGAGAGCUACAGGGCAUUCUUGGAAUUUAGGAUCGACGAGGAAGAAUGGGAAAAAAGCCCGGGGAAGGCGGAAGGUGAAGGCGGUGGAGACAACUCCGACCGCCUCUCCACCGCCACCACCACCACCACCACCACCACCUCCACCUCUGCCAUCGUCACCUAAGCAGGUUAACAACAUUGAGGUGGUGGGAUGGGGAAAGACAACCAGACGGCCUCGAAGGCAAAGAUGUGCUGCAGGUAAUUCUUUUGCAGUCCAGUUAACAUGAUGUCUGUGCAAAGGAAACAAGCAUUUGUAGUUAUAUGAACUCGAAACCAUAGAGGGAAGUGAAAGAAUUUAGGAAAAGCCGAUUUAUGGCUGGUUGAGAUCUCGACCGUGAUUCCAGUAACAACCCCUCGGCAGCAUUUGUUGUGUUUCGUUGUCCUAUGUCGACUUUAUAUUAUUUGAAUACAUACUAUGAUGAAAUUUGGCAUGAUCCAAAGCUUCUCAAAAAGCUGUUAGUUCAUAAGAAAAGAUAGAAUGGCUUAUUGGAGAUGGUAAGAUAGCAGAUCAAGUGAAGUCAUUUUGUAGUGUACCUUGCAAAGUGUUCGACCAAAUGCCUCAAAGAAAAGGAAAUCGAGUUGCAAACCAAGUGAAGUCAUUCGCCAUGUUUGGUGAACUCA